GGAAAAAAUUGCAUCAUAUUAUAGGGAUGUCGGAUCAACCAAUCGUGAUUCACUACCAGCAGAUGGAGGAGUGGCUAAGCGAUAGGAAAUCCGUUUUUGAACGAAAGUUUAGGAAACCAUAUCACGUCCUUCUGGAGGUCGCUCCAAGACUGGUUCAGCUUAUCAAAUACGAUAUUCCAGCACUUCAAAAGCAAAUAAAGAAGACGGAGAGCACGCUCGACGAGUGUGAGCGUGUUUGCGUCGAUGCCGACCGUAUCCAAGCGAAUCGUGCCCAGAAGCGACUUGAUCUUCUUUCCGAAUAUGGGCUUUUGCGGCAUCUUUUAGAUAAAAGUGAUCGGGAUAUGGUGCAACACGCUUUAGAUGCUCGAAUUGAUGAAAGCUGUUUAUCUUUAAUGAAUUGUUUAAGGUUGUAUGCCAAGAAGCAUUUGACUUUGUUUAGGGAAAACUACGUAGACUUUUUGAGCAAACAUGCGCCAGAACAUUUUCCCCCCGGAGUGUUCGAUGCUCACUUCCCCUGGCUUUCCUAUCUAGAAAAGGGCCAUUCGCUGCCACUUCCUGACCACAUCGGCCGUGUGGGAGACGACACACGAGGAGCCGAGGGUGACGCCAUCGAGGGCGAGGCGCAGAUCAUUUGGGAAGAUGCGUUUCUACCGCUAGACGGCACUACGGUUGAGAUAACGUGGAACGCUGCGGAUGAGAAGGUUGCCGCGCGUAGCGACAAUGAUGGCGAACUUCCUAUCUACGAUGGGAAGUAUUUUUACCUUGAUAUAGCCAGGGGCUUGGAUCGGGCAAAUAUUCUCAAUGAGUUGCAUGCGUCCUGCUGCUUCGCCUCUGAACGCGUAAACGAAGGCGGUCACACAUUUUAUGGUUUUAUUGCAGCGACAAAGGAAUUGAUACAGCAGCUGGCUUCUUCCACAGACGCGGAGCUGAUGCGCAUGAAGCAUAGCUUUAGGCUGAAGGAGGAGUUUCUGAGCCAGAUUAGCCUUUUUGAUCGCUCUAUUGCAGCAGCACAAGCGAGGAAGCAGGCCCACGAACAGAAGAUUGUGGAGUCGCGUCAGGAGUUACUUAAACUGGAACCACAACUUAACUUUCUACUUGAGCGUGCAAAGUCAGACCGUGAUUUAUGCUUGCAAAACUUACAAAGUAUGUUUCCAGGCAGACAAAUUACGAUGGUUGGAGAUAUUAAUAAGUACAUCUGA